CCCCGUGGCGGGCAGUGUGUGUGGAGAGCGGUGUGUGUCCGGGUUUCCAGCUGAGUGCUCUGCUCCCUGUCCGAGGCUGCGCGCUGCUCUUGAUACCGCGCUGCUCCCCGCUCAGGAUGGCCAGAUUCACCCAGACUGAGGCAGAGAAGCAGCAGCAUCACCAGCAGCAGCCUCAGCAUCAUCAGCCUCAGCAUCAUCAGCCUCAGCAUCAGCCUCAUCAGCAGCAGCACCACCAGCAUCACCAGCAGCAGGCUCAGGCUCAGCCUCAGCAUCAGCACCAGCCCGCGCACGGCAGCCUGCUCCUGAGCGCAGCGGGGGCGGCGCCGAGCGCGCACCCCCUGGUCCUCGUCGCGCAUCAGCACCAGCACGCGCAGGUCGCAGCCCCCAAACCCAUGAGCGCCUCGGAGCCCCUCUCGAUCCACGCGGACGGCGGCGGCGGCGGCGGAGGAGCCAUGAAGGACCAGGACGCCAUCAAGCUCUUCAUCGGGCAGAUUCCGCGCAACCUGGAGGAGAAGGACCUGAAGCCGCUUUUCGAGCAGUUCGGCAAGAUCCACGAGCUCACGGUGCUCAAGGACCGCUACACGGGCAUGCACAAAGGCUGUGCCUUCCUCACCUACUGCGCCCGGGAGUCAGCCAUCAAGGCCCAGAACGCCCUCCACGAACAGAAGACACUGCCAGGGAUGACCCGCCCCAUCCAGGUGAAGCCGGCGGACAGCGAGAGUCGUGGAGAAGACAGGAAGCUCUUUGUUGGGAUGCUGAACAAGCAGCAGACCGAGGAGGACGUGUACCGCCUGUUUGAGCCCUACGGAGUCAUCGAGGAGUGCACCGUGCUCAGAGGUCCCGACGGGAACAGCAAAGGCUGUGCUUUUGUCAAGUUUUCCGCACAUGCUGAGGCUCAGUCUGCAAUCAGCGCCCUGCAUGGGAGUCAGACCAUGCCAGGCGCCUCCUCCAGUCUGGUGGUGAAGUUCGCCGACACGGACAAGGAGCGCACCAUCCGGCGCAUGCAGCAGAUGGUCGGUCACUUCGGCAUCUUCAACCCGGCCGUAGCGCUGCCCUUCAGCACCUACGGCACCUACGCCCACGCACUGAUGCAGCAGCAGGCCGCCAUCAUGGCCGCCACACAUGGUGGUUACCUGACGCCCAGCGUGGCUUUUCCGGCCACCCAGAUCCAUCAGGUGGGGGCGCUCAACAUGAACGGUCUGCCGGCCACCCCCAUGACCCCGGUGUCAGGCUUGAGCUCCCCUCCCGCCAGCAUCGCCGCCCCCGCCGUGCCGAGCAUCGUCGCCCCCGUCGUCAACGGCUUCGCGGGCCUCCCCCACCAGCCCAGCGGACACCCCGCCGUGGAGGCCGUGUACGCCAACGGUCUGCCCCCCUACUCGGCCCAGAGCCCCACGGCCGCCGACACCCUCCAGCAGGCCUUCACCGGUGUCCAGCAGUACACAGCGAUUUACCCAGCAGCCACCCUGACUCCUAUUGGCCAGACACUGCCACAGCCGCCUCAGGUCAUCCAGCAGCAGCAGCAGCAGCAGCAGCGAGAAGGUCCCGAGGGCUGUAACCUCUUCAUCUACCACCUGCCGCAGGAGUUCGGCGACAACGAGCUCAUGCAGACCUUCCUCCCGUUCGGCACGGUCAUUUCCUCCAAGGUGUUCAUGGACCGCGCGACCAACCAGAGCAAGUGCUUCGGGUUCGUGAGCUUCGACAACCCGGCAAGCGCGCAGGCCGCCAUCCAGGCCAUGAACGGCUUCCAGAUCGGCAUGAAGCGGCUCAAGGUGCAGCUCAAGAGGCCGAAGGACGCCAGUCGCCCCUACUGACCGGGCAGGAGAGCGCAGGUGAGAGCAGGUUUCGAAGACGAGACGAGAGGACAUCUCAAGAGAGCAACUUUUUUCCUUUAAAAACAAAACACACGUGAAAAACAGGAGGGACUUUGGAGACAUAUCGGCGUUUGCGAAGGCGAAGUGCGCGGCGGAGGCCAGGAGGGCGGCGGCGGCGGCGGCGGCGGCGCCUGGAGGGAUGGACGGAAAGACGGGAGUCAGAAAUACAGCUUUUCCUUUACGGGACCGACGGCGGUUCUUAGCGCAGCAACACGACGCAACAAAGAGAAGAGCAGCAACA